AUGCUUAGCUAAUCAGGACAGUACCAUAACUGUGAAAGGUACACAACCGGAAGUUAUGGGUGGGAAUCAAAUAUCCAACGAUAAAGGUGCAGGCACGUCUUCAACAAGCAACGGCGACGCCCAACUCUCCAUUAUUGGGAACGACAACGAAUCACCCGAAGUUGGAAUACUUUCCGCUGCGCUGCCCAAAGGAAAUUCGAUAGGCGCUCAGCAAUCAUCCUUGGAAGUAGAAAAUUUUCUUCCCGGAAAUCAAUUUCAGAGUUGGGUGGUCAGAAAUAUCGCAAGCUUAAAAGUUCAGAGUCGUAACAUUCAGGACACCUUGGAUGCAAUAUUACUUCAUUUGGAUGAAGAGAAAAAGCCCCAAGAUGAAAUUCGUCAUCAAAUUCCACUGAUGAAUAUGGAGGAUGUUAGCAAGGGGGCCGGCUAUUAUGAGAUUUUGGCCAACCGCGAGUCCCUGGUGACACUUUUAAGGCAGCGUGGUUGUAGUAAUGUUGCAAAGUGUACACGCCGCAUAUUAUCAAACCUUCGUGGGGAUCAGUUGGCCAACUGUUACAAUUGGAUCGGGUCAAGAGGAGGAAAAUCAGCGUUCUGUGAUGUAUGGAUGAAACAAGUAGUUUUCGAUACGGUUCGUCAAAGUUUACCAUCAAAGGCAGUGACAGAUGACGAGAUGGAAGCCGUAAUUAAGGAAUAUUUGAAAGCAGCAGCAAAACGGUUGAAGAAAAAUCAUUGUGCUGAUAUCGCUGGGACAAUUUCCGAUGGUGGAUCAGACUUUAUUAAUCAUGAGGAGUCGGAUGACAUAUAAUUUUUAACCAUUAAUCAUUGUUCUCUGUUUGUUAUGAUUAAUUGAAAUAAUUAAAAUGAAAUAAAGGCAUGUCAUGAACGGGAAAAA